CGGCGCUUCCCUGGCAGUGCAUCGCGGCCGGCUGUGACAAGUACAGUGUUUGAAGAGGGGACCUAUUGACUUCAGUUCAAUCUAGGAAAACAUAGAGGAAAGCAUAGGCCUCCCCCUGACACUGGAGAAGGCUGAGGAUGGACAGGAUGGGUGGCCACUGCGGACAGAACGUAGGUGCUUUGCAGAACGGUCGCUUGGUCUGCGUUUGGUCUCGCUGAUGUAGAGGCGGCCACAUCGGGAGCACCGAAUGAGACGAUAUUGAACGAGCUUGGAGAGCGAGUGGACUGAUAUGGGAGACAGGCUGCGAGGUCACUAAUUCAUGUCGAGCCAGAAACUAUAUCUGGGGUAAAGACAGCCAGCAACACCCUACUGUGAUGCCCAGGAUAAUUAUCGGAAAAAUCAAGGCGGUUUGACAAACACUGUAAAGUUUUUGUUUUCUUUUUGACAUAAUGGCAUCUGGUGAACUAGACCUAUUAAGUAUUUUCAAUGGGCUUUAGCUGCUUUACAAAGCCCUAGUUUGCUCUGACCUGUUUAAUUAGCUGCAUUAAACUGCUCAGUAGCCUGUUCUUGAUCAGCAGUUAUCCUUUGAGGUUUGCCUUGCCUGCAUGAGACUUGAUGGGCACCCAACUUCACUGGAAGUUGCUGCCUUCAGUUUCAAGCAAAUAGGCCAUAGGCUAAUGCCAAUAAAACAGAACUGGCGUCACUCCAUGAAAAUCCAUUGACUUCUAAAAGGGGCCUCACUGGGAAUGGACUGGAACUCAGCAGAGAUAGACUACAACCAGGGUUCAUUUGUCUGUACUGAAGAAUUGUUGAAUCAUCUGAAUUCUAGUUGGCUUGAAGCUCUUUAUUCAUCGUACUGCCCAACUGCUGGGGACAAGCCUCAAAUCUCUGUUGGACUCGUUUAACUUGUUUCUGCUAACUUAGAGGAAACAAAAUUGGAUCCACUGCAGAGAAUCUGGCAUUGUAUGCCUUUAAUCUCUCCAUGGCUAUCUUGAAGCUAGCUGGACUGGAAUGAACUUUACAAGACUGUGUGCCAUAAUUCUUGAAGUAAUGCCUCGCCGAGGCCUACUAAUCAAAGUUUGGACAAGGCGUCUGCUGCUAGGCCUCGCUCUGUUUUUCAGUCUCAUCUCCCUACUCUACUUGUUGGAAUGCACCCCUCGGCCAGAUAACGAUUCCCUCCUCCUUGGCAUUCCAGGCAAACAGUAUGGUAAAGAGUACUAUCAAGCUCUCCUUCAGGAACAGGAGGAGCACUACCUGACUCGUGCUGCGAGCCUCAAGCGGCAGAUCACCCAGCUGAAGAAGGAGCUGCAGGAAAUGAGUGAGAAGCUGAAAAAUGUACAAGAGAGAAAGAGCCCAUCUCAAAAUGUGGGAGGAGCACUGAGCAGCAAGGAGAACUUGCCCAAUGAUCUGCUGGAGUUCCUGCACUCUCAGAUUGAUAAGGCUGAGGUUAGCAUGGGUGCCAGGGUGCCCAGUGAGUAUGCUGUGGUGCCCUUUGAAAGCUUUACUUUGAAUAAAGUGUACCAGCUAGAGAUGGGCCUGACCCGGCACCCUGAAGAGAAGGUGGUGAGGAAAGAUCGAAGGGAUGACUUUGCUGAAGCCAUUGAGGCUGGCUUGGAGGUGCUGAAUAACCCCGAGGAAGAGGAGGCUAAUGUUGACAAUGACGAUGAUGAUGAAGAAGAUAAUCGAAUGCAGAAGCAUACCUACACUGAGAAUGACUUUGUAGAAGGCUACUAUCGUACAGAGAGGGACAAGGGCACCUUGUAUGAAUUAUUCUACAAAAAAGAAUUCGUAGAUGAAUUUCAACAUGUCACUCUCUUCCGACCAUUUGGCCCCCUUAUGAAGGUCAAAAGUGAAGUGAUUGACAUCUCACAUCAGAUCAUCAAUAUAAUCGUGCCGCUAUCUGGCCGCACCGAGGCUUUCGCCCAGUUCAUGCAGAACUUCAGGGACGUGUGCAUUCAGCAGGACAGACACGUUUACCUUACAGUUGUCUACUUUGGCCAGGAAGGAUUAGAAGAAGUGAGGAGGAUCCUGGAGGUGACGGCCAGUGAAACCCACUUUCACAACUACACCUUGGUUUCAUUGGCUGAUGAGUUUUCACGUGGCCGAGGUCUGGAUAUGGGAGCCCGGACUUGGGACAAAGGCGAAGUGCUGAUGUUUUUCUGCGAUGUGGAUAUUUAUAUCUCUCCCGAGUUUCUUAAUAGCUGCAGAAUAAAUACAGAGCCUGGCAAGAAAGUUUUCUACCCUGUCGUUUUCAGCCUGUACAACCCUGCCAUUGUCUAUGCCAGCAUGGAUGGUACCCCGACCAUUGAGCAACAGCUGGUACAUAAGAAAGAUUCUGGGUUCUGGCGAGAUUUUGGAUUUGGAAUGACUUGUCAAUAUCGCUCUGAUUUCCUCACAAUUGGUGGCUUUGACCUGGAUGUGAAAGGUUGGGGAGGGGAGGACGUCCACCUGUACAGGAGGUAUCUCCACAGUGACUUGAUCGUGGUGAGGACACCGGUCUCCAGCCUCUUCCACCUGUGGCACGAGAAGCACUGUGCAGAUGAGCUAACCCCAGAGCAGUAUCGGAUGUGCAUUCAGUCAAAAGCCAUGAACGAGGCUUCACAGGCUCACCUGGGUAUGCUGGUGUUCCGGGAGGAGAUCGAGGCCCAUCUCCGCAAACAAGCCUACCGAACAGACAGUGACAUUCCUGAUUGAACCUGAGCUCCAGCAAACUUACUUUCAAAGCUUUGCAAUUUGUGGUCUUUGAACCAGGACCAAUCGUUUCAUAAAGGGACCACAGAUGUCAAAAUAACAGAAACAUUGCGCUGUUGCAGUGCUUGUUAAAUGGCACCAAUUGAGCUUAUCAGUUUACACAUCCAUUGGGGUUCAGCACCAAUGCAUUCGGUCCAUAUCAGAUACUUGGGAGUUCCUGCAAGUUGGUAAAGCAACUACGUCACUUCCAAUAUGCCCUCUCGACAGCUUUCUCCGAGUCUGUCUCUAUGCAGCAUGCUAGUGCUGUAGUUGCAGAACAAUAUGCUGUAAGUGAUCCAGAAAAAGCAAUGUUUUAGUUGAAUUAACAGAAUUACUAGCUAGCUAUGGAAAACUAUUAUUAUUCAGAACCGCAAUUCCACCCUUUUUAAGGUGCCUCUUUGUUUCUAUACACCUGCAGGACACAUAAGACCAGAUUAAAGGUCAGUUAGGACCUGGGAGCUAUUGUUGCGUGUAACUACAUGCCAGUUUGGCUCAUUUAAUUGUAAUGUUGAUUCUGGGUCAGAAGGGUCUGUAUUCAAGUCCAUUUGAAGAGUAUCAUGCUAAGAAGCACUGUUCUUUGGAUGGGAUGUUCAACCGAGGAUCCAUCACAUGUUGAGGCAGAUGUUAUAGAAAAGAUCCCAUGGAUCAGAUGAGCAGAAGCAUUCUCUCAUUGCUCUAUCCAAUGUCUCUCCCUCAACUAGUACAACAACAAAUCAAUCAAGACAUCUCCACAUACUGGGACUGAGUAGCUGCAAUGUUUUUUUUUCCCUCCCAAAUCAUGCAAGGAGAAAUUGGUACAAUCUUAGUAGAGAUCAUUAAGAUAAGAAGAGAACAAAAAUUGAAUUGUGAAUAAGAGCUAAAAUAAUUUUUUCGUCAACGUCUUCAAAAUAUUGAAUGUAAAGCACUUUGAGAUGUUUCUUGUAUACAAGGUGUUACUUGAUAUGUUUUUUCCCUGCAUAUUUUCUGUUCCACUGAGGUUUUGGAUUGUACACCCCAAGAAAUGAUGAGUUUGUGUGACUGUGGCAAGGGAAGUGCAGUAAACAUAAUGUGAAGGAACCCAGAAUUAAUUGUUGUAUGUGGAACACCUCAACAGGCAAUUUGAGCUGUGGAGUGUUGGAAUGUUAAUUGUAUUUUCAACCACCUAUCCAUUUCAUUUAGGUAGUGAGGGAUGUGGAGAUUAUUGUCUAUUUAGAUGUGGGAAGGUACAGUAGAAAAUCAUUCUGUCAGUGCAGUUAACCAGAUCUUGCAUAGGUUUGUUUUUUUAAUUUGAUGGAUCUUCCAUUUCCAACAAUCAGGAAAGCUGCCAACAAUAUUACUGUAAGUAUACUCACACACAAGCUACUCCUUCAACAAGAAAUCCACCAAAAUUGAGCUAAAAACUGCCGAGAUACUUGUUUUUAGACCAGGAUUCACAUGGCAAGGCUUCCAUCCAUCAAAAUUCAUGCUAUUACUUUACCUAUAUUUUCUCUCAUUUUGACCCCUUCUCUCCCUGAUGAAGGAAAAUACUGCAGAAGUUUGGAAAUCUGAAUAAAAACAGAAAAUGCACAUCAACUCAGGCAGUCUCUAGAGAGACAAAAUUAAUGUUUCCGGUCAAUAAAAUCUGAUCUUUGUUUUCCCCCUGCAGAUGCUACUUGUCGAAUCCUACCAACAAUGUUUUUAGACCAAACUAUCCAAAUUCGCUUCAUUGAACCAAUAUUACACUUUCCCUGUGCCCAUCCUAGUGGGCUGCCUCUGAUUUGUUCAACUGGAAGUCACUGCGUCUGAUAUAUAACGCAGCAGAAAUCUAUCCCAAAUCAGGAGGGAGAGUUCCAUUUUAAGAACCUUGUGACUAACUACACAGCUAAUGAAUUCCAGGGAGGUAGAUAGAUCAUAACUCCCAUCUCUUUAGCUGAACACCAAGUGGGACAAAAAUGAAUGACCUUUGGCUUGUUCUUAAUAUUAACUCUUGAUAUUACCUAAUUCAGGUUAACUUUGUGUUCACCUUUUACUACCCCUCAGUUAGGAGACCCACAAUGAACGAAUGAACAAGCUCUUGUAAGAGAUUAAAGAAAAUACCAAAUUUUAUACUGAAAUGUGUUCAUUGAUCAUAAGGUAAUCGUUCUUAUUUAAGUUGAAACAUUACAGUUUAAAAACUUAGGUAUAAAUAGGGUUGCUAAGAAAUUUAGGUAACUCAUAUAAUACAUAGAAUUACUUGAGAUGGCGCAAGGUAUAAAAGAGCUUUGUGUAUCACUGGACCAGCACUGGCAAAUUAUUGACUGAUGAAUUAUAAUUGAGACACCAUUUGCAAUAGUGAACUACUCCAUGGAUUGGAUUAUUAUCUAUUAACAUUUCUAAUCAAGAUCAGUAACUAAGAUUAAAUCAAUAAGAUUGUUUUAGGAACAAACUAUGUGACUAACAAAUAACAGCAGCCAAUCUGUUAGUAAAGUUUUCAGAGUUAAUGAUUUUGACCUCGGGAGCUGUGUGAUUGAUGUCCUUCCUCCCUUCAGAUUAUUGAGGUGGGUUCUGAAAUGUUGGGUUGAUGAGGUCCACUUGGAUCCUCUGCUCCACUUUUCACAUCACUAACAAUAUCUGAGCUAACUAGUUCAACCUGAUCAUCCAUGAUAUGGGGUGAUUUGUACAGUUAAAUGACAUUUUAGUUCUACAUGCAUCUGCUGUACAAUUGAACUUUUAUAACCUCUUAUUCUGUGUCUUCAGUGUACUUGUCAGCAUUACUUUCUGUAUUUACUAAGUGAAGGUUGCUACAGAAAAGAAAUUAACAAAGACAAAGAUUAUACAGUACCAGAGAUGUAUACCAGACUAAGGGAAGCUCCCUCCUGUAUUCUCUGGAUUCGAGGAUGAAUUCCCUUCCAUUUAGUUAUGAAUCAGGGCAACAGUAAGCAAAAACCUCCAAUUCUUUCAGUGGUGAUCAUUUCUAAUGGGUUUUGAGAGGUGUCAUCUGAGGUGUGCACCUGAAGCACCAAUAUGAACAUUUUACUUCUCUCACCUAACAGGUGAUUUUUUUUUUGGAAUUUAACAACCAACAAACUGGUUCUGAAUUCGGCCCUCUGUGUAGUCUUCAUAUCGUUGGUGAGGAGUGUUCAUGUUCUUAAGUUACAAUUGAGAACAGUUACAUUUUCUUAAUUAGUUUUUGAUUUUUUUUUAGUACUUGUGUAACCACUGACCCUGGACCACUGUGCUAUUUUCACUGAAAUUUAAGUUUUAAGACACCAGUUAACAGGACAUUGACCCUGCACCAUUUAUUUAUAAAAGCAAAGGACAAAGAGGAGAAAGGGUUGACAUUGAUGGUCUACAGUGGCCAGUGGCUUUGGGGGUUAUUGCUGUACAGGUAGUUAUGAUCACACCCAAUUCUUAGCUUCCAGCAGGGACCUGAAUUCUGUGUGAGUAAAUGCAGCAAUUAUUCUCUGCAUGUGAAGUUUGCAGGAGUUGUAAAGACCAAAUAUGCAGCCUGUGUCACUAAUGUGAGUCGCCAUGUUAUUCAUUCUGCAGAAAUUAAUUUGUUAAUUUCCAUUUGUACUUGAACAGAUCAAUAAUUCAAAUGUUUACAGUGCACCAUUAGAAUAUGGUGGAGGUCAUUUAUGUGGACUAUUGAGAGCUCAUCUGACUUCUGUCUGAUAUUGCACAUGAAACCUGGUAGUUGCUAAAUCGUGCCUUUAUAUAUUUUACAGUAUAUCUUUUCAGUAUUGAAAUUAUGGAAGUGAUCAAAUGCACCCAACAUACUGACCUGUUGGUUGAUAUUAGUGCUGUUAAAUGAAUUUAUUCCUGUCUGUCUGUUUUGCACUUGGAUGUCGUAAAUUGUCAAUGAAGCUUUUCAACUAGUUACGUCUUUUUUUUUGUGGAGUUACUAAUACCAAUUUUGAAAUUAAAACCUUUGUGGAAGAGCUAAAGGGAUGGACUGUCCAGCGGGAUUCUUUGAGAGAGGGCUUUUGGCACAGAACAUGACUUGGGGAAGGGUGGCAGUGUUCUGUCAGAAGCAACCUGAUUUAAUCUCUGCAUGCCCUUUCUACCCCUCACCUCUGCGCUGACCAGUAGUAUUAAAUAUUUACCACCAGAUAUUGAGCUCACUGCCUUCCACAGGACCCAGCAGCAGGAAGCUAAUAGCAAGAUGACGGAAUAGGGCUGGAGCAUUUGUUGAUCUUGUGAUACCUUAAUGUUAAAGUAAAGCCUUUCGCGGUUCUCUGUACUGUAGAGCUGCCAUCAAGAUGCCAGAGGAAAUGGUAGAGGUGGAUACAGUUACAACAUUUAAAAGACAUUUAGACAGGUGCAUGGAUAGGAAAGGUUUUGAAGGAUAUGGGCCAAAUGCAGGCAAAUGGGACAAGCUUAGAUAAACACCUUGGGUGAGUUGGGCUGAAGGGCCUGGUUUCGUCCCCUCAGCCUGAGAGAGAAUCAUGCGAAACUACAUUCCUUCCCUGGUAAUUUUCCUUGUUACGUCUGGGUGCUCUUCAAAGCUUUGUGCAGUAAAAGUGUCCUGUUUGUAUGCACAGGAUCUUCAGACACUUGUGGUCCAAGUGGUGUCUCAUGUACUUACUGUCAUUUUCGGUCUCGCCUGUGUUAAAUAGGGCAAGUUAAUGUUUACUGUCAGGAGUCUGUAAGACUUCUGUCUCAA